UUGUUGGUAACCCAGCCUUGAUACAAAUAGGCAAUUGCAUCUGGGACAGGGAUGUAAUCUUUAACACAAAGCUCGCAAAUGUAAAACAAAUAUGACCAUGCACAAACUGGGGCUAGGGAUAGUUGUGUCAGAGUUACUUUUGGCUUCACUUCUCCCACAAGGCCCUACAGCAGGCACGUUCAUCCAGCCCCCAUGACGAAUUACGAAUCGGCCUCGUCGGCUUCCUUCCCGCUGCCCUCUCGGUGCGGAAGUGUUGUCCUCCAGCUGCAGCAGCAGAGCCAGAGCUGCCACUGUUUGGAUAAACACUACGCUAGUUCAGUAGCAGGUUUUCUCGCCUCUGCGUCUCUCCUGCCGGGACUUGUCAGCGCUCAUCUUGACUGUGCAGCAGAGCAGUAUUAUGCGACCACCGUCCGGAGUGUGGGAGCACCGUGUGAAGUGAGUUUCCUUGAAUCAUCUAUAUGGGCCAUCUUCUCUCGAAAAAUGGUUACUGCCUGAAGAAGAAGACACGUAAGUUGCAUCACAGGAAGAAAAAGAAGAGGAACUGCUUCCUGCAGCUGCCUUGCAUGCUCUGCUUCAUUGUCCACAGCAACAGCAACGGUCUUGAUGACGAUAGCGACCAUUUAGAGGCCGGUGUCAACGGCAGUGCGUGCCAUCACAACAGCAUCACAGGAAUCAGUGUGCCUGGUGUGGGUGGAGUUGGCAUUGGAGCUGCAGCUGCCUCGAAGCUCGCCGAGAGAUACGCAACACUCACAUCUCCUGAAGACUGCUCCAAGUUCCUGUUGUCACCACUGGAGCUGGCUAUCUGGGAGGGCCAAGGAAGGAGCCUUUUAUCAGCUGUUCCUGCCAAACUGAUUCAACCACCGACGCUAUUCAGAACUGCCGGGGUGUCUGUGACCGUGCCCAUACCUGUUCCUGUACCUGGCAGCACCAGUGACUACCCUGAGAUGGUGUGUAAGAGGAAGUGCUCAGAGGUGCAGAGGUGCACCCCUUGUAAGCAGCCGCGCUGCGCCUUCGCUGCCCCUGACGGAGGGCUGGAGAACGGGGGAGUGGGAGGAGGUGGGGGAGAGGCUGCCUCGAACUCUGAAACUGGCCACUGCCACCUUCCCCUCUGUCCACUUCCCUCCUCCUCCGCUUCUUCUUCUUCCUCUGCCUCCUCCUCUUCCUCCUCACCUGCUGAUGGCUGCUGUGGGUUAGGUCUUCAUGCUGAUUUGCCGCACAGUUCCGACUCGUCCCCCUGCUGCCUGCAUCAUUAUGACGACUGCCAGGCGAGAAGUUCUGACGCUGCCGAUCACUCAAGUAUCAACCACCUGCCUUCCUCCAUCCUUCUUAAGGUUCUCUCUCACUUGACAGUGAAGGAGCGCUGUCUGUGUGCCUCUCUGGUGUGUAAGUACUGGCGGGACCUCUGCUUGGACUUCCAGUUCUGGAAGCAAAUCGACCUCAGUGGCCUACAACAAGUAAACGAUGAUCUCCUGGUGAAAAUAGCAUCUCGGAGGCAGAAUGUGAUGGAGAUUAACAUCUCGGAUUGCAGAGGGGUUCAUGACCAUGGUGUGUCCUCCCUGGCCUCGCACUGUCCAGGCCUGCAGAAGUACACAGCAUAUCGUUGCAAGCAGCUUGGAGACACGUCCCUGUCGGCCUUGGCUACACACUGCCCUCUGCUGGUGAAGGUGCACGUGGGCAACCAGGACAAACUAACAGAUGAAGCACUAAAAAAGCUGGGAGAGCACUGCAGUGAGCUGAAGGACAUCCACAUGGGUCAGUGUUACAGUAUCACAGAUGAAGGCAUGGUGGCCUUGGCUAGAGGAUGCCCUAAACUGCAGAGACUCUACUUGCAAGAGAACAAACUGGUUACCGAUCGGUCCGUGCGAGCGGUCGCAGAGCAUUGUCCUGAGCUGCAGUUUGUCGGCUUCAUGGGAUGCCCGGUGACCUCUCAAGGAGUCAUCCAUCUUACUGCGCUACGGAACCUGAAUGUCCUGGACCUGCGGCACAUCUCAGAGCUCAACAAUGAGACGGUGAUGGAGGUGGUGAGGAAAUGUCGCAACCUCAGUUCCCUAAACCUCUGCCUCAACUGGAGCAUCAACGACAGAUGUGUGGAAAUCAUCGCCAAGGAGGGAAGAAGUCUGAAGGAGCUCUAUCUCGUGUCUUGUAAAAUCACAGACCACGCUCUGAUAGCCAUAGGCCAGUACAGCAGUACCAUAGAGACGGUGGAUGCUGGCUGGUGUAAGGACAUCACAGACCAGGGAGCCACACAGAUCGCUCAGAGCAGCAAGUCCCUCCGCUACCUGGGCCUCAUGAGAUGUGACAAGGUAAACGAGGAGACAGUGGAGAGGCUGGUGGUCCAGUACCCUCACAUUGUUUUCAGCACGGUGAUGCAGGAUUGCAAGAGAACCCUGGAGAGAGCUUAUCAAAUGGGCUGGAGCCCCAACACAUCAAACACUUCGUAGCUCUGCUGGAUUAUACACACACACACACACACACACACACACACACACACACACACACACACACACUCACACACACAGCUACACAGAGGUCCUUUUUGUGUACAGACACGAAUACACAGUAUUUUGCAGAGUCAUGUUUGCCUCUCAGCCACUGUUCAAACAUGCAUGUGAACAAGUAGCUACACGCUCACAGACUAAGGUCCAGCUCAUCAAGAGUUUUAUUUGAAGCAAAUCUCCCAUUUUAAUAAUUUAACUAAAAUACGGGCCUCAUGGUAAUUCAUAGUUAAGUGAGACUCCUACUAAUCAAAGGUUAUGAACAACAACUUGACUGAAUCGUUCUCAUCGUCAUUGUCAAUAAGUCAGAUUUCAUCCAAUAAUAUAGUGUACUUUCUUUGACCAGAACCUUGAGUGACUAGUUUGUUUUUAAGUGAGUGUCACUCAGUUGAUAGAGUAUUAAGCCUCAUACAUUUUAAGUCGUCCGUGUCACCUGGGAUGGAGCGGAGGUGAAGAUGCACGAGGUCUGGUCUUGAUCACGUGAAAAAGAUCCAAACUAACGCAUCAUAUAAUCAAAGACAUUCAGGGAUGGUCGGACAAGAAUAGUUUUUAAUGAGCAUGGAUUAGAAAAAAGGUUUGUCGCCCCAGACGGAGCCGAUGUUCCUUAGCACUGCGUCCAUAUCGACCCUCUACAGCGUUAACUUCCGUCAAACUGAACUCCACUGCUGCAGUCAGAUCGCUCAAGACGCAGCAGAGACUUAAGGAUCAAGGGAGACGACAUCCCACGUCUUCAGACCCGAAGACAACUGAACUGCCAGGGCUUCAGACCUCACUUGAGGCACUUUGAGAAAUCUGUGAUGUUUAUUUUGUCCAAUUAGAAGAUUUUGUUCCUUUCUUGGAUGUUCAGUACAGUGUUAAAGGCAUUUGUGGACUCAUACGCGUUGAGAUGUUUGACGAGGCUCCAUUUGAAGGACAGAGUUCUUUGCUGUGACUUAAUAUGCACAUUGUCAUGGUACAGAAGAAAGUUCAAACCCCUGGAAAAUUCAUGGCAGAAUAACAGCAUUGAUUAUUUCUCAAUAAACUGCAUGUUUACAUUGAGAUCUUAUUUUUUCUUUUCAGAGACAUUAUCUACAGAUGAUCUGACGUUGAAAUGAGCCUCUGUAUGACUUGGGAACAAUGCUGAUUUUUAAACCCAUACAUAGAUUUGGGGUUGACUGAGCAUCGACUUGAGUCGGUGCAGAAUGAAAUCAAAUAGUGCUUGAAAUAGAAGUUGCCUUUACUUAAAAUCCCUGGGUCAUGUUAUCAGAAUAUUAACCACAACCACCGUGAUGACAGGUAAGAGGAAACGUUGCCUUAAGUGGUUAUUGCCAUCCAAUUAGCAACCAGAAUUUACUGAAGAAAUGUUUAUUUGAGUUUAUCUGAUACCAUAUUCCCAGAAUUUGAUCUGAUGUAUACGUAUAAUACUGUGUGGGAUUUACUUAGCCUAAUAUUGGUUUUGAGCAUAUACUUGUAACAUUAGCUAUGUAGCAAUGCAAUGAGGGAUUUAUCUUUCUUAGUGGUGUAGGAUAUAAAAAAAAAAAACUGAAAAAAUCUGGCUUGGGCCUAUAACCAAGGGCAGGGGAAGAUGCUAGGAGAUUUGGUUGUUUUUCAUCUAUUCUAUAGAAACUCAGUAGUGUACAGUUAAAAAAAAAUAAAUGCAAAUAACCAGGGUAUUUUUCUAUGGUGUGAACCAGCUCUGGGCUCAGCCUCCACACACUGUCACUCAGACAUGAACAAUAGCUUACUGAGCUUAGGGUUUGAGUAGAGCGGUACACUUUCUACAGCAUAUACAUAGAGGUUUCAGACAAUUAAAAACACCUUCAUUUUACCCUUGUCAGGAAUUGUAGGCUUAAACCAAUGGAGAGUUUCUCCCUCGGCCUUGUUUUUGUUCAGUUUCUGUUCUUUUGUAAUCCCCAUAUGCACUUUCUUCUCUGCUAGAUGUUGACACACUUGAUUCCUGAUUUGUUAAGGCAACCGUAAAUGACUGGAUUUACAUAAAGAUGAAUAAAACACUACUUCAA